CCGGCCGGGGCCCGAGUCGUGCGGCCCCGAGCUGAAGCGGCGGCGGGCGGCCCCGCGGGAGGGAGGAUGGCGGGGCCCGAGCCGGGCUACAUCCGCACGGUGCUGGGCGCGGGGCCGCUGGACAGCUCCACGCUGGCGCUGCCGUCCGAGGCCAGGCUGAGGCGGGCGGGUGGGGAGGACAAGGCGCUGCGCAUCCAGCGGCAGGUCCAGCAGACGCUGGCCCGGCGGAGCUCCCCGGGUAGUCUUCAUCGAACCACCAGUGUUCCAGAGUAUGUUUAUAAACUAGGCAUGACUGAAAGUGAUUUUGUGUCAAGACCUUCAUACGGAGGCACAUAUUAUCAAUCUGACAGGGCAGGCUCACCAACUACUUUUACAAAUGGCUGGGGGAAUAAAUCCUUACAAUAUAAUGUUUUCACAACAGUAGAAGAGAGGUCUCAAAGGCAGCCUCUAAAGAGAUUAGAGAUUUGUCCCCAGAGUAGCCCCGAGAAGAUGGUAUUUGUGCACAAUGAUUUCUAUUACAACAGAGGGAAUCAGUCUGGAUUCACUCAAAGGCAUGGAGAUAAUAGGAGGUCCAAUGUUGUUGUUCCACCAAGAUACGCUCGCUCUGACAUCAUGAGUUACAGUAAGGAGGCUUCUAUAAGCAGAGGACAUACUUAUCCAAGACAAUUCUAUAUAGGGCCCAUUAAUAACACAGUCUUUGACAGUGUCCCUACUAGCCCUACUGCACCUUUGUACCAACAAGAUGGGAACAGUCGCAGUAUGACCAACGUCUUGGAGAAAGAGAACUACUUGACCUUGGGUAGUGCCAUGGGACAAGUCAGAUCAAAUAUUGCAUCCCAAAUUGCAUCUCAGACCAGGCCAUCCUUGAGGUCCAGCUGGCACCAAAGCACAGCCAGAAGCACACAAACCAUAAGAGAAGUUUCCAAGCCAACUUCAGUGACAAGUGGCGCUGCAGAGACUGACAGGAGGAGGAUGGCAAUGACAGCUGCUAUGGCGGCAGCAGGAACCGGGCUCUUACAGACGGAAAGAGUAGCCACUGCUGGAUCUCAACUAGGGAGUCCAGAAAGGGAGAUGACCAUGGAACAUGCAUUCAACAUAUUGGAUAACGAAAAUACGUCAUCGCCAUCAUCACUGUCCAGGAUCCUUGCUGCAGUUAUCUUUAUACAGCAUGAGUGUUUUCAGAAAGCAGAAGCCAGACGAAGAGUUUAUUCUCUUCACGGUAUUCCCAAGCUUCUACACAUCCUGAAUGUGCAAAAUGAGGACAUCCAGCGGGCAGCAUGUGGAGCCUUGAGGAACUUGGUGUAUGAGGAUAAUGACAACAAGCUGGAAGUAUCUGAGCAGAAUGGGAUUCCAGUCCUGCUCCGUUUACUCAGACAAACCAGGGAUGUGGAGGCUAAAAAACAAAUAACAGGUUUGCUGUGGAACAUGUCCUCCAAUGACCAGCUGAAAACCCUGCUGAUGAGAGAUGCCCUGCAGCAACUGACUGAGACAGUUCUCAUCCCCUGCUCUGGCUGGCCAGAUAGAGAUUACCCCAAGUCAGGUGUCUUAUCUGACCCUGAUAUCUUCUACAAUGCCACAGGAUGCCUGAGAAACAUGAGUUCUGCUGGCCCAGAAGGAAGAAAAAAAAUGAGAGAAUGUGAUGGUUUGAUUGAUUCUCUUGUUUAUUACAUCCAAGGAACUAUUGCAGACUAUCACCCUGAUGACAAGGCCACAGAGAAUGGUGUGUGCAUUCUACACAACCUUUCCUACCAGCUGGAGUCAGAGCUUCCCAGCAGUUACUCUCAGCACACCUACAUGCAAAGAAGAAAUAUCCCCAUUUAUGACAAAAAAUUUGGUUGCUUUGGAAUACGCAGCAGAAAAGUGAAAGAGAAGCAACAGGACACCCCGCUCCCUGAGGAAAAGAGCAAUCCCAGAGGUGUAGAAUCACUUUGGCACUCCACAUUGAUUAGGAUAUAUCUCUCCUUAAUAGCCAAAAGUACAAGAAACUACACCCAGGAAGCAUCCCUGGGAGCUCUCCAGAAUCUCACCGCUGGUACUGGACCGAUGCCUUUUGCAGUAUCCCAGACCAUUGUCCGGAAGGUAAACGGCCUUCCAAGUAUUCGAAAUAUGCUACAUGUGACCUACCCAGUUGUAAAGAAGACAGCGGUCUCAUUGCUUAGAAACUUAUCUCGUAACUCUUCUUUGCAGAAUGAGAUAGCUAGAGAAGUUUUACCUGAUUUGGUCUCCAUACUUCCUGACUCUGUCCCAAGUCCUGAUGAGGUUGUCAAUGAUACCGCUGCUUCUGUCUGCUACACCUUGUACAACUUGACCCGAAACAAUUCCCAGAAUGCACAGCUUCUCCUAAAUACUGAUGGUCUUCCAAAGAUUAUGAACAUCAGCAUAAGUGACAGCAAAGCGGGCAAAGCUGCCUCAGUCCUCCUGUACUCCUUGUGGUUGCACACUGAUCUGCACAGUGCCUACAAAAAGGCUGACUUCAAGAAGACAGAUUUCAUCAAUAGCCGGACAACCAAAGCCUACAACUCACUAAAAGACUGAGGCUGGCUACACUGACAUUAGAGAGAUGAGAAUAUGUAUGGAUUUGUAUAGUGGUCUUUCAGUGUCAGUUCUACCACUAUGAACUGUGAACCAUCUCAGAAAAGACUGACUUUUGUAUAUGACCUGAAUGACCAGAGGAAAGCUAUGCUUGCCUUUAUCCUAUUCAUAUUGUCCUCAAUUUUACUUAACAAUAUAAACAGCCAAAGAUGAUAGUCUUUAGGAUUCCUGGUGCAACCUUUCAGGCAAACUCACUAAUAGUCAAUGCUUCAUACACUACUGCGUCUAAUCUAAUAGCAGUUUAUGCAGAAAGGUUGGGAAUUCUAACUAGCAAAAUAUUCUUUAUAGGCUACAUUUUAAAUGAGGAAUCCUCCAGGGCUGACUUUCAAUUGCACUGCUCAGGAAGUAGUAGUUUUUUAUUUACAAUAAUCAUUACUCUUUGAGCAUGUGUAGUGCUAAAACUGUACCUCCAGGCUGUGCAGUUGAACAGAACAGACAGAAGAUGUUUUUUUUACUACAUGCAUUUUAUAAAACACUGAAAGAGUUAGUUAUUUGCAGGGGUCUGUAUUUUUUAUAUUAAUGUAUUCACUGACUCCCAGGGCUUCUUUGCUUUGAGAGCUCAGCAGUGGCAGCAACACUGACAGACAGUAAAGUCUCCACUGUUCUAUGAGAACUGACAGCCUGAUCAUCCCAUUCUCCGCUGAACCUUCCUCUCACUACUGCAAGGCUUGGUGACUGUCCCAGCAAGAGUUUUAAAUAGUAUAAAUACAUGUCAGGUACAUUGGGUUGAGCUCUGAUCUGUCAAUCAGUGCUAACUGAGCAAAAUUGCAGCUGGUAAUUCAUGGAUAAUUUUAAGUGUCCAAUUUUAAAAAGCAUUCUAUUGAUGGCUGUAUAUUGGAAAGGGUGCAGAGAUUGAUCCCUUUUCUUUCUGACUAAGUAUGAAAGCAUGAGAUUAGCAUCAUUCUUGCUUAGGACCUCAUCUGAACCUGACUCGUAUUCUCUCAGCUGGAAUCAUAAUCCUCCCCACAGUGAUGCACUGUAAUGUGCUGAUUGAAGGAGUUUGAGUUUAGAUGUGGGAACAGGUAAUAGGAGGAGAUAGGCUUCCAAGUAACACAAGACUCUGUUUUCAUUCUUUGUUUCUGGGGGGGAAGGAAGAGAAGCCAAAAUGUUGAAAACAUAUGAUGGACUCUUUUAGCAGGAAUUAAUGGGUUUUUCUUAGUAUUCCUUGAGCCAGCAACUGUUCUUCAAAUGCAAAAUAAAAAGCACAAACAAAAAACACCACAAAAACCCCUCUCUAAGCCAGUUUAUUAAUUGGCAUAAAUACAUAAACUGGUGUCACUCUGCUAAAGUCAGUGGAGCUGCACUAGUUUUAGGCUACCUGAGAGUGUGCCUGGAAUAGGGAACCCUAGCCCUAUUGCAGAGUGGAGAGGGCCAGGAGAAAGGGCAGCAAGGCACCCUCAGCUAGACUCUGGUCACCUACAGGCAGCCUCCUAAACAACAUACUAACUGCAACAUCAAGGCAUGGCAGGAAGGAGAGAGGAGCCAGCUAAGGGAGAUUGGGGUAAACAGGCAUGUUCCACACAGCUGCCAGGGGGCGAAACGACUACCCUGGAAGUGCCCUUAACUGUUUAUACACUUCUUUUGUCCAGCCAGCAACCUUCUUUGCCCUCCUAGUACCAGAUGGUAGUAAAAGAUCUGUGCACUGGUCCUCACCCGUUAGAGAAUUUCUCCACAUUUGGGAAAUCUUCAGAGUUUAGGCUCUGGCACAUUUAAGUCUGCUUAACUACUGAGCAAAAUUAUUUUAUCAGUCCUUACCCGCAGAGUUGUAUCUUACCUAAGACUGCAACCAAGCUAAAAACAGUGUGGUAUCAUAUCCAGAUGUCUCUCUGGAUAUGAGGCUGUUAAAAUUUGCUCUCAGAGAAGUGCAGCUCUCAUUGAGUUAUGUAGCAAUACAUGCUUCCAAUGCAUAGUUUGUCUCAGGAAGGUUUAACAACUGUGCCCUGCCCCAGGUCAUUUCUGUAUAUUAGACAAAGCAUUUGAAUUUGCUUUGAAAAACUAAAAUCAAAUAUAACAAGUGGGAGGUUCUAAAGUAUUUUGUAUGUUUCAGAGGGAAGUUUUCAAGAAGCUCUAGGUCCAAAAACAAUAUGAGAGAAAGACAGGGUUACACGACUUCAUGUAAAUGAAAAUAUUUUCAUUAUUUUGAAAAAAAUGGGACUGAAAACAGAUAUUUAAAAUCUAAACUUUCCUCACAAUAUGUUACUCCAAGCAUUGCUGUGUGCCGCUAAUGAUGUGGAACUGAAUCUUCUACUCUUAUUUUACUGCCCCAAAAUGUAUGAAAUGCAAGCAUGAGAAUACAUAGAGUCCAAAGAGUAAAGGUAAAGAAUAAAAACCAGCACAAGCUAGGUGCAGAAGAGUGAGGAAGGGCUCUUUCACAAUUGCUCAGCAGUGGAAGAGUACUGUAAAACUUCCAGUAAUUUAAAAAAGAAUAGAGUUUGAUAAAUGUUAAAUAUGUCUGAAGUCUCCAAGAUUUAAUUAGAUUUGAACGUAAAGGGGAGCACAGCAUACCACCGUUCAGACCAUGCAGGUGGGGGUAAGGCAUGGCUGGAGACCCUGGCCCAACAUGAAACUCCAGGAUGGCCAUACAGGGGGCAGAAGCAGGAAGGGUUAACCCACCUCCCACCACCGCUUUCCCCAGCUGACCCAGGGAUCGGAGGAGCCCCAGGGCUAUUCCUGCCCCACUGCACUGCAGAGAGUGACAGUAUGGAGUGCUCAGCUCCAGUGGCGACUGAGAGUGCUAGUGCACCCCCUGAUAGCCAGCGUUCCCCGCUUAGGCAACAGGCAGGGUGCCCCCCUGAGAGCACCAGUCAGGGAGUGGGGAUGGCAGGAGAAGUGAUCCCCGUGGUUCCCCUGUGACUGAUCGCACCAACUGGGGGGGCGGGAUCCCCCUGCGGCCGAUUGAGCCAACCCAGCACAACCCUCCCCCCCCCCCCCCGUCAAUGCAGUUGGCAGUAGAGGACCCCCCCCCCUACCGGUUGCUGACUGACCGCUGGGGGGAGCAAGUGCCCCCACCCCACCCCCGACUCAGGAGGCACCAGUUGCCCAUGCACCAAGAGGCUCAGCCAAGGACAGCUACUUUCCAAUGCCUGCUCCUUUCUGCCCCACUCAGGGGGACCUGCCCUGGCCAAGCCCAGCACCCCGCACAGCUGCUCCCCUUGCCUACAGCAGGGGGCAGCCCUUGAGGCUGCUCCCUGUGUCCAGGUUAUCCAGGGACAGUGGCUAGUGGACAGGUUCCUCCUCCCUACACCUGUUCUCUACUCUGCCCCCAGGAACCACACUGGCUCAAGGGCUCCAUCUGUGCAAAGGGACAAUGGUGGCAAGCAGCCCUCUUUUCUGUGCCUGCUCCCUGCCCAGCUCCCUUAGCAGUUAGGAGAGCUCACUGUGUGGUACAGUAGAAGGGAGGUACAACCACACCAUUGAAUCCCCUUUGGAUCUGCCCCUGGCUUUGGAGUUAGUCCUGUUGGUACAGGAUUUAUUGCUGGUAACAGCAUCCCUUUAACUCCUGAUUGUUCAAAAACUGUUUAACAAUAAUGAGGAGGAAAAAUCUGAACAGACAUCAUUUCAGUGUUAUGAACGGGUGUGUAGGGAGGAAAACACAGACGUGCCUUAAAGCUGUUCUUCCUCACUGCUAUGAGAUCAAAAACAUUUCAACAGGACUCCAAAGAAAGCAAAACAUUGUUCAUGGGAGACGUAAUAAAACAUUAUCUCCAACAGAAAAAUCUGCCUCUGGAUUUUAUUGUUGUUAAUUGACCUACCUAGAACCUAUAAACAUCUUGCCUUCAAGCCUUAUCUCUCCCUUUCAGAGGGCAAAUCUAUUUUUAGUUGGGUCUUGCUCUGGAGAAGCAGAAUUUGCUGCAAAGCAGUGUGUACAGUUGCAGUUUAGCUAUCCAGCUUGCCUGGUUAUGCCAAAGGACUCCUGUAGUAAUCAGUUUACAGUAGAAUGCCAGCUAAAGUCUUCACUGUAAGGAUAAAUGAUCUGCCAGUGUACUAGGCAUGCCUGACGUUUUCACAGUUUGCAUUGGUGUUUGGUGACCUAUGUGCUUUCUGUGCAGCAUAUCAUCAUGGUAUAACCUGAGCAGCUCACACAGAUCAAUGGAAUUGUCUUCACAACAGUCCUGUGAAAUUGGGAAACGUUAUUAUCCCCACUUUACAAAAGGGGAAACCGAGUCAGAGAGACAUUAAACAAAAUCCCCAAGGUCACAAAGUCUGUGGCAAAGCUGAAUGUUGAAUCCAGAUCUCAUAAGUCCUGGGCUGGUGUCUCACCAGAAGAAUCUUCUCCUUCUUUAGCAGACAUAAUUAGUAGUUAAUAAUACUCUGUGAACUACCAUAGAAUAAAGAGUUGGAUUCAUGAUCAGAAAA